CGCAGACAUCAGUCCAGAUUCAGUCCCAGUAUGAGGACAGCGCGUGAGGAAACUCUCCAAGCUUCAUAGCUGCAAUCUGACCUGGAGAUCAUGGAGCAUAAACACCUUCAUAUGUGUUCUUCACCAUGUCGAGAUACUGUCAGAUGUUGGCGAUUAUGAGCAUUUGACGCAUUUCUGGAUUUUGCAACGUUUUGAGUGUUGGAACAAGAAGGGGAGAGCAGUUUUCACGCACUCUGGAUACGAUAUUGUGCACCCCUUGCGCCUCGGAGACGCUGAUGUCUUCAUUGGACUCCUUUCAGUCAGAGAUGGUGGAACUUUCUCGGAUUUCCAACGUGGAAACGUAGCAUCCAAUUAAUCAGCGACUGCAACUGUACCCCGUGAGGCGCAGUGGCACUCGGUCCGCUUCUCUUCAACACCUACCUUUGGACUCCAAAGUGUGGAGAGACGCAUGGUUUGGUAGGUGCGCUGGGUCGGUGUAUAAGACACACAUCUGGUUGAUUUUUAGCGUUUUUCUGUCUGGACAUAAUCCAAAAUUCUGCUCUUUUUUAAAAAAAAUUCUGGAGUGUGGCGAUUCAUGCAGCUUUGGACACUAAAUGAGUCGCGUUUUCUGUUUGGAUUUUAACACCAACUGCCAGGCGAGUUUCAGGUCUGCAUGGGCCAUAUUUAAGGUGAGUAAAAUACAAUGAAAUGAUCACAUAAUAGCAGAAGUAAAAUUAGUUUUCCUUAGAUUAUUCGCCUUUUGGGCACACAAGCUCCAACCAUUUUAAUAUCAAACCGUUAAAUGCAACUUGUGCAUGUUUCAGCAUUCUUCUCGGGACUUUUGCACAGCAUGUCUAAUCUCAGUUUUUAUCCACGCAUAUCUGUUUAGGUUAAGUGCAGACUCAACAUGCCAUUAGACAGAGUCACGUAAGCUUUGGGGAUCGCCAUCUGGCCAACUCACACCAUUAUUUAGGCUGAGGUUGCCAACACGCUUUGGUGCAUGUUUGGAGCGGCGUAUUUUUUUUUUUCCUCCUUCUGGAAGAGGCGCACCCUCCGCACCUCAUUAAGAACAACUCGCGAAUAUCACAACACCAUGAAUUAAUCAUUUUAUAAUUCUUAGCGCUCUAAAUGACACCACAGAGGUCAUAAGUAUUAGAUUAACUGAUAAUGUUUGUAUUUUAAAACACUUUUACGCACGAGUUUUACGCGUAUCCACUCAGUUCAGCGCAUGAUUUGUGACUAUUUCACGUUACAGACUUCAUAGUUAUAUCCACUCUGGUGAACACAUCAGGGAUUCGAGUGGGUUUACUAUGAUGUUUAUAUGAACAGCAGUCUAAGACAAAGACAGAGUGAGGAUCAAAUACGCCUCUUGAGAUGAUGACACAGAGUUAUUAAUACAGAAUGAGUCAGAGGUGUGCAAACUCUUUCUAACACUUUGCUGACUGCACUAUAAACAAGAGCUGGCCUACAUUAUGUUUCAGAUGUGUGGGGAAAUAUUCAAAUGAUCCUACUAUUUACUAUUUCUAAUCCAAUUCAACCACAUUUUCUCUAUAUUUUACACAUUUUUUCCCUUUUCUUUCUGUAUUUAUUGAUUCAUUUAUUCUUCAAUUUCCACAGCUUUCCUUAUCGGAACUGAGUCUAAGAUGAAGUUAUGGGAUGUUUUGGCCACGUGUUUGUUGCUCCUGAGCUCUGUUGCUACACGGCCUCUUUACCGAAACACUUACCCAGCCAAGAGGACUUAUUUUCCCAGCAGCUACAGUGAUCCGUUGCUCCUGUCUUCAGAGGACGAAGAGCCCAUGUUCCAGCGUGAAGACCACAACCUGCAGGAGAUAUCCAUGGAGGAUCAAUGUAAGGCAAAAAGCAUGCAUCAACACAGUUUUUCUUUGUUAUGGGGGUCACAUUGAGGGUGUGCUGCUUCAUUAUAGAAGACAAAAUGCAACUAACCAUUUCAUUCUAUCAUAAAAAGUGAGAUCUCACAUCUUUUUGUGUCCUUUUCAUGCACUGCUGUUAUUUUUUUUAAAGAAUGGUGUUUGCCAAUAUCUAUAUCAGGGUUUGUUAAAGUUCAGCCUUUCUUGACUUACUUGCGCUUGAGAAACUGCAUGCAAGGUGAUAGUGGGUGGGUUGAGCCAACAGUGAAGAGGCCUGCAUUGAUAAGCCUCUCAAACAAGCAGGUUAUCAGGUGGAAGAUCUUAAUUUGUGUUUUAUGGCUGCUGUGGGUUACAUCACACUCCUGUCAAAACAAGCCAACAGCAGGAAAAAGAGCACCGACAGCUUCUCUUGUUUAUGUUCACCUCUGCCUCUCUGUGACACAAUGACCCAUGACCUCUACCCGUCUGCCAAAAAGUCAGAAAUCACGGCCUGUCUUAGAGGGGGGAAAAAAAAGUGAACAAGGUCGCAAAUACUUCCAGGGGCAGACGGAGGCUGGUGAGCGUCCGGAAAGUUUGAAGCACGGAGCGAGAGUUCUGUGUUUAUGUUCGUUUUAGCAGCGACAGUGGGCAGGAAUUUAUUUUGUUUGGAUCAGCGUGACACUGUAUCAUCUUCACGCUGAAGGAGAUGCAGCCAAGAACUGGAUAAGGAAUGGAACAUUUGGAUGGAUGUUUGUGCUGCCACCUCAUAUUCUGUUUGGAUGGGGGGUGACAUCACUGAUCUGCUUUGUAAUUGAUGAGCAUUAACAAUGAACUCAUGUAAACAUCACUGAUGUGCCAUGAAAGGAUGGGUCUUUGGGUUUGUGCUCUUCUUUUAUGUUUGAAAACAAAAUCUUUGGAGAAAGUUUUGGAGAAACUCUAAAACUUGAGUGUUCAUAGAUAUUACCGACAUAGCGCCAUCUCCUUCCAUUGUAAUAAAUGGAGGAAAAAUACCACAAUGCCAGGCGCUACUAUAUUGAUUGAUAAAACAUCAACAAUCCCUCAGAUUGGUUUAGUUGGUAUUGGUUCAAAGUGGAUCAAGAAGUCCUUGUGUUAGUGUUUGCUACGUUUUCUUCCUUCAUCUUAAAUGUUUGGUCUCACUUUUGGGGAAUAAUUUCACGUUUCAUUUUCUUAAGAGUCUUUGUUUUGAAGUCUUGGUCUGAAAAACAACCUCUUGAUUGGUGGAUAAAUUAAUCUCUGCCUGAGGUAUUGUGAGGCCCAACAAUCAUCAUCACGUUAAUUGAAAUACCAACUCAACCUAACUUUAGUUUGACUUAUAAACGGGGAGAGAGGUGGAGCUGGAGGCACAGCGGAGCCUCCUAACUAGCUGCUACAAUAUGCCAACCUGUCCUCUGUCAGUCAAAUAUGAAAAUAUGUCAAUAGCUCAGCCUAAACACCAUGUCCUAACAGCAAUCAAUACGAGCGAGCGAACAUCAGCGAUGAAAUCAGGGUUGUUUUCUAUUGGAUUGUUCCGACCGGUCGUGAGCAGCCCAGUGCCAAGGGGUGCAAUGCAAUGUUUCUGACCAAGACUUUUCAGUCCCCAUUUUCAAUCCUGUCGCUCAGGGAGACGCAUAAAAAGAGAAAUGUAUGAUAUGUCUUAAUUUCCCAAUAAAAACUUCAAAUAAGUGGUAUCUGGCUGGAGGAAGAUUGGUUAUGUGCUCGGUGUGUUUAGUCAGGGAAUCCUUCUUGAUGUUAAUGAAACAGGAGUUACAGUGCUGUCAUAUCUGUGAUUGAAAUUUUGUUACUUGACGUGGGUGAAACCUGGGGGGCUGUUCUGUUUUUGUUAUUUAAGUGCAAACAAAGGAAGAUAGAAAGUACUUUUCCGUCUUGCGGCAACCUCAAGUCAAAAGAAAUGAAGUUGAUGUGGAAGCACGAAAGCUUGCAGUUCCUCAAGUGUCCGCUUGAGGGACACGACAUACACAUUAAGUCAAAACAGUCCAUCAUUAGAGGAAAAAUAUACACGUUUACUGGUUUAAAAAUGAUUCUGGUCUGAGAAACUUUGGCCUCCACAGCACCCAUGGUACAGGGAGCGAAGUUACAAGGUUGGCAAAUAAGAGGUACGGCUGACUCGACUGACAGGCAGACACACUGAGGUGAGAGGUCGGGCUCUGGUAGACUGACCGAAUGUAAGAUUGAGUCACCAUUAUCAAAAAAAAAAAGACUGCUAGCGAUAAACUUCAAAACUCUGCCUUAAGAAACUGGGCGACAUCACCAAGUCUAUGCCUGCACACAGCUCGCAGCAUUGUGGUCGGUUUACAUGAUAUAGUGGGGGUGUAUAUUUAAUGGACGCAGUGUGGUCAGUGAGCAUCUUUUGCUACAGAAUGGCAAGCAAUAUCUCCAAACACUUGCAUGCUGUUAGGACAGUGUUAUAAAAAGAGAAAAUUUAUGAGGAAAUUCACAUUUUUACAGUCAGAAUGAAUAAAAAAAUAAGCAAAACUGUUUUACAUACCAGGCUUUAAAGUUGUUAUCUGCUGCUAUACAUAAAUGGUCUUUUCAAAUGGGGCGUAAUGGGGAUUCCUUCACUUUUAAAGCCAGCCUCAAGUGGACAUUUGAGGAAUUGCAGUUUUUUGGACUUCUGCAUUUGCUUUAUUUUGCAACACUGGAGAAAAGCAAAAUGUGUUGAACUAAAAUUUGCAGGCAACAGCGGCACAAAGAGACAAACACAAACUUUAAAAAUGUGUCUCCUGUUCCACUCAGUAUUUUUUCUUGGUUGUGUAGCGGUUUAAACAAAAACACGUCUCUUGAAUAGUGCAAUAAUGGCACACACUGUGCAGAUGAAUCCCUUCAUUUUCUGCCACUAGGUUAGUCUGUCAGCAGGUGUACACUGUAGCCACCCUACCUGUCAGCACACACACAAUAACAGGUGUCCAAAUCAAAGGACGGGUGUGUCUAAACAGAUUGGCCUAGGCUCACCUGAUACACAAAGCGACAGCCCAAUCAGCUGUGCAGCGGAGGCAGAUCAGAUAGCCAGAGCGCUGCCAGAGAAACAGGUAAGCGAGUAUAGAGAUAGGUGACACUCCAACAGAGAGGCUGCGUUAACCAGAAGGCCACCUGCCAGACAUCGCACCCAGCUGCGCUGACUUUUCACACACAUUCACAACAUGAGGGCACGCAUCCAUACGCUCACGUGCACAGAAGCACACAGGUAAUGCAAUAAGAGCCGGGCUAAUUGAUUCAAUUCAGAACAAUAUGCAUCCGUGAUUCAGUUCAGAGUCGACAGAGCCGCAGGCAUUUGAAGUAGGAAGAACGUUACUCUGUAAUAGAAUCAACAUGUAACUCAGGAGGGUCCAAAGACUUUCCGUCAGUCCUGGUUCCUCCUCACAGCAGAUGGUGCAGGGCUGUGCCGGUGCAUGUUUUCAGUUUUGGGCAGCCUUCAAUCUGCUUCGUCUGAAUGAGUCACAGCAUACAGUUUCCCUCUAUUUGGCCUUUGAAGUCCCGGUCUUCUGAAAUUACAUCCAUGAAAGGUUUAAAUGACUGAAAAACAAGCUCCCCAUUGGUGGUGUAAUUGCUCUCUGCCUACUGUAUCAAUACAGGCGAUCAGUGUGUGAAAGAAAAGCAGGUUAAUGAAGUCAUACAGCUGGACAACCUUUAACAGCUCAGGUUCCCAGGAGAUUGGAACCUUAUGGAGGCCGUACGCUUUGAGCGCACAAUCAAGUCUGCCCACAUCCCGUCAUUACAAAUGAUCAAAUUCUUCUUCUUCUUUUCUGACUUAAACAAUCCACAAAAUGGGAUUGACAACACCCUCUGACCUUCGGCCUCCUAUUCAUCUCCCAGCAGCCAUCUUGGAAGGAGUUAGAGCAGGGCACCUGCAUGUCCAUAUGAGCAACUCUGGCCUGUUUUCUGCAUUCCUUCACCCGAGACAAAUCUAUAAAUCAGCAUGCACCGUUUCUCAUCUGCACAUUUCCCAGUAUUUAUGGACAUUGUCUGCGUUUGUGUCAGCACGAGAGCAUAUGCUGGCUGACUUCAAAUGUGUCAACAAUAAUACACCGUUUUUUACUGAACAAAUUGUGCCUCCAGUCUUGGUGCUUUAUUGAAUUGGUUGAGUAGUUUGUGCUGCAUGUUUUAUGUUAAGUUUUGAAGCUUUUUCAGGUUUUUGUUUUGUUUUUUAAACUGUGAUAUUUGUGUUUUAUUUCCUCUGCUGAGUCUUCAUUGAUUCGUCUCGUCUGUAUCUUUCAGAUGACACAGCAGGUCCUUAUCCGGAGCAGUUUGAUGACGUGAUGGAUUUUAUUGAGGCUACCAUCGGCAGACUGCGGAGGUCGUCAGAUCCCAGAGGGGGCUCCAGGGGACGGAGGGAGCAGAGACAGAGGGGAGCAGCAAACACAGGUGGCACAAGGGGUGAGGGGCGAGGACACGAAGAUAGGAGGAGGGGUCGAGGACGUGGGGGAAGCCGAGGCAGCAAAGGAGGCGAGAGGGGGAGAAAGAGGAUAUCAGUGCAGAGUCGAGGCUGCUUACUGAAGGAGGUCCACCUCAACGUGACGGAUUUGGGGCUGGGCUACCAGACUAAAGAGGAGCUGAUCUUUCGUUACUGCAGCGGCCCAUGCGCUGAGGCAGAGACGAACUAUGACAAGAUCCUCAACAACCUCACGCACAACAAGAAGCUGAACAAGGACACGCCUUCUCGCACCUGCUGUCGACCAAUCGCUUUUGAUGAUGACCUUUCUUUCUUGGACGACAAUGUUGUGUAUCACACGUUGAAAAAACAUUCUGCCAGGAAGUGCGGCUGUGUCUGA